AUGGGAAAUUCAUCGGUCUUCGUUAGCGGUGCAACUGGCUUUAUUGCCCAGCAUGUCAUCAAACAAUUGAUUGAAAAGGGAUACAAGGUUGUCGGAUCAGUUCGAACUGAAGCAAAAGGGCAAAACAUUCAGAAGAACUUUGGUUCUGAAAAUUUCAAAUAUGAAAUUGUCGAAGACUUGGAAACUGUCGGAGCCUUCGAUAAAGCGUUGAAGAAUCACCCCGAAGUGACAAUUUUCAUGCACACGGCUUCACCGGUCACUUGGCUGGUACAGGACAACGAGAAGGAUAUUAUUUUGCCUGCAAUCAAUGGUACUGUGAAUGCAUUGAAGGCUAUUAAUGCCACUUCCCCUCAAAUAGAAAAGGUCAUUAUCACUUCUUCCAUUGUCACUCAGUUCAGUUUCUCCAAUAGAAGCGCUUUAACAAAUGAAAACUCGUGGAAUGAUAUUACCUACGACCAAGCCAAAGAAACCGGAAGUGCUGCUUACCAUGGUUCUAAGACUUUCGCUGAAAAGGCUGCAGUUGAAUUUGUUGAAAAGGAAAAGCCAAGCUUUUCUGUAUCAACAGUUCACCCUGUAUUCGUUUUUGGACCACAAGUAUUUGACCUGGAAGCCAAAGGACAAUUGAAUGUCACCAAUACUUUUAUUAGUGAUCUUUUAAAUUUGAAAAAAGGCCAAAGUGAUGAGACUCCAGUCCCAAAAAUAAUGGGAUCCUUUGUUGAUGUGAGAGAUGUUGCCAAAGCACAUUUAAUUGAAAUUGAAAAACCUACAAACGGAUUGAGGGUCAUUGCUCAAUGUGAGGAUUUCAACAGUCAGAAGUUAUUGAAUAUUAUCAAUGAUAAUUUUCCUGCUUUAAAUCUUGUGAAAGGAGAUCCUUCUUCAACAAGUAUAAGUGAUAGAAAUGUUGAUGACUCAAAAUCUAGAGAAUAUUUAGGCUUACAGUAUAUCAGUUUAGAGGCAUCUGUAGUCGAUACCGUUCAACAGUAUGUUACUGUUAAUAAAUUACUAUAA